UCUACAGCAGGGAAGGGCGUUCUUGUCACGGUCAGACCCUACUAGUCAUGCAGGGGGUGUGGGUCCACCGGCGCAAAGGAAAACCCACAUUUUUCAUUGUUAGGGACACGGUGGAAUGUGAUGGUUUGAUCCUACAGCGCAGGGAGUGGAGGGAAGAAACAACGAAGGCAGUUAAGGAGGAAAACAAACCCUGUCCCGCUGGUGUACCAGUAAAAUUUGUGAAAGAACUUGUGUUCAGUCUGGUUCAAACCUACACUCUUCUUGUCGGAACUCUUCGACACAAAGCGAAUCAAUUUGGGGACUAUCGCAGAUUCUUUUUUCAUGGCAAGGGCAUGUGGAUGGAGCUCCAUAGUGAAACCAUCUGGUGACCGACGGGCUGCAUUUACCAGCUGCUUAGCACCCAACACAAGAGGAUCCAUAGAAAGUGAUAGACACGCAUGUUGACCAUCAAGCUGAGGGGAGUUGAAGGAAUAAGAACCAACCAAAGAAAAAGGGAGAAGACAUUGUGUGGAGAGGAGAAAGGGACUGAACAUAACUCAACAUUACGGACUUGUGACUCAUCAUUUUAACCAGAGAAGGACUGCCACACAAAUGUGGACCUCCCAAAAAGUAGUAAAAUAAUUUCCCCUUUCCAUAUAGAAGACAACAGCAAUAAUAUCUGUGAUGUCUGAAAACAAAGACAUAACGAAUCGCCACCUGCGGCACAAGCUGCAAAGCCUGGGACGACGGCUGGAUGAGCUUGAGGAGGCCACCAACAAGCUCCAGAAGUCUGAAGAUGAGCUGCUGGAUCUGCAGGACAAGAUCAUCCAGGCAGAGGGCAGCAACUCCUCCAUGCUGGGCGAUGUAGAGGCGCUGCGCAAGCGGCUGCUGAGGAUUGAAGGCAAAGACGAGGAGGUGUGUAAGGCAGAGGAUCUCUGCCGCACAGUGAGGGAGAAACUGGAGGAGGAGGAGAGCUUGACCAAGGACCUAAAGUCUGAGAUUGAGCGCCUGCAGAGGAGGAUGGCUGAGUUGGAGAAGUUGGAAGAGGCCUUCGGCAAGAGCAAGUCAGACUGCAGCCAGCUCUGCCUCAAUCUCAAUGAAGAGAAGAACCUGACCCGGAAGCUCUCCUCUGAGCUUGAGGCCCUCAAGGCCCGUGUGAUGGAAGUGGAUGCAUCAGAGGUAAGGCUGGACCGGGCUGAGAAGUUUCUGGCAGGGGAGCUGGAGCAGCUCAAGGGCCUCACUCAGACUUUUGUGAGUGAGAGGAAGAGGCUCCUGGAGAAGCAAAGGGAGGAUGAGAAGCUUAUACUAAAACUGACAGAAAAGCUGGAUUGUCAGAAGAACAGGAUCGGCCGAGCAGAUCCCAGCCGCACAGACUUGAGGGACCUCCGCAUUGAAGAUGACCUCUCAUCUGGCCUGACUAGCAAGCUGGGGCGCAAGAAGAGCGUGGACUACCUGAAACUGGGCGAUGACGUUGGGCUAAGGAAUAAGUCAGAAAAUGAGAAGAACAGCCUUGAUGGCCAGGAAGACAACAAAGUCAAGGAACUCACACAGGAAGUUGAGAGGCUGAAGAACCGGCUGAAGCAACUGGAACUAGUGGAGGAGGAUCUCAAGAACACAGAGUCAAAGAGCGGAGAGCUGCAGGAGAAGUUCCAACAGGAGAGGUCCCGCAGCAGAGCCCUCAACGAUCAGGUGGAGCAGCUUAGAAUGCAGCUGUGCAGUCACGGCAAUGGAGGGCUUAGCAGUCCAGCAAAGGUCCUUGAGAAUGGCAAGGCAGAAAAUGAAGAGAUCAAUGUCCGGGGUGGGUUCAGGAAGGACAAGCCUAAGUACAGGAGUGCUGCAGCUGCAGAGCCAGCCGCCCCCAAGUACAAGAGCAGAGAGCUGUCCCCGCAGCACAAGAGGGAGACCAAGCUGAGGAGCAAAGAGCUGAGCAACUCUGAGGAAAUUUCUCCAAAGUCUGUCAGGAGGGCACUCAGUCCUUCACACAAGAGCAGGAGGACACCAAAGACUGGAUCUUCAACUGCCUCUGACAAUGUAGUGAAAGAAAUAGGUAGAAGGGUGGAGGACAAAACAACAAGGGGAGGAGCCCAUACUCCUGUUAGCACGUCUUUGAGUGACAGCAAGAAGGUCUCGGUUCUUAAUCGCUACCCUCCAGCAGCUAAUGACCAGAAGCCAUGGAAGACAUCUCAGAAGCCAAGUGAGAGUGAAAGCAAAAAGAGCCAAGUGGAUAAGUUUUCUAGAUUGAAUGUUGGUUGUGACAGUGAGUCAAACAAUUCUGUUGUGGUGCCUGAAAGCUCAAGCAAGACCAACACAGUCUCCCCUCCUGAAAAGGAUGCUUCUGAGUCUGACCUGGUGUCUGUGGACCUGGUUCAAGAGGCUCCUCCAGUGUCAAACCUCUCACAGGCCAAUGGGUCGUACACUGCCUACAAGUCCCAUGUGUCCCCGCUGGUCAGUGAUCAUGGCUCUGAGGGUCACUCUUCAGCCUCUGAGACUGAAUCCAGUGGGUCCAGGCCCUCAGAACCAGAGCCUGUGUCUGAGGUGGCAGCACUGAGUAGCAGAACCUCCAACUCUCCGAAGUACUCUAGAUACUCUCGCCUACAAGACUCCCAGUCAGAGGGUUCCUCCACCAGGAGCUCGAUUGACGAGGAGCAGAACAGGCUGUUGAUGGCUGAAGGGGGAUAUCUGGAGCCCACUCACACCCCAGCAGGGAUGGAGGUCCGCAGGGUCUGCAGCCCACGGGAAGCCCUGAGGUCAAAGGCAGUCAUCAAGCCGGCCAUUGUGGAGAUUGAUAGGAAGGAAGUUAUGAUAUCCGGAGUCGGGGCAGAGUUCUUGACCUCCAAUGGCAAGCCCAAAAUCUCCACGAAACCUGUCCUGACCACCAACAAGAUGACCAGCAGCAUCACUAUCUACCCCAACGAUCCCAGCUCUUCCAGGACCAGCAGCCGCAGCAGCAGUGUAUCCAGCGAGCCACCAGUCAAGGAACGCCACACGUCCACUAGCAACAUUGUCAUCGGGCCCAGUGAGCACAGGGGGAACAUCUCCAUCCCCUAUGAGAUCUCCAUUCCCAAGAGUGAGAUCACCCUCCGGCCAUCCAUAGAUGGCCCGGACAAAACAGAUCAACCAGGGGUGCUAGGGAUGGCCCGUGCGGAGACGCACCUACGCCCCCGAAGCAGCUUCAGCCUCCAGUCACCGGAGACCAUCUCAGACUUCAACAACGACACAGAGUCAGGUUUCGAGAGCAGCAGUAGCAGCACUACCACCGUCACCAGCUGGAGGAGACACCACGGCCACCACACCUCCCAGGACGACGGUCUCCCAGAGAUGAGAAACCUGACUGUGCGGAGCACCUGGAGGAACAGGGGGGCGGCAUCUGUGGACGAGCCUGGCCAGGGAGCCAGGCUGGAAGGGGUGGGUUCUGAAGAUGAGUUAGAGUCGGCCACCACGUGGAGGGCGUACCGAGCCACCACUGUCCUGGACAAGGAGGAGAAGGUUAAUGCCACAGGGGCCUCUACAUCACGGGCAGCCAAGCCAUCGCCAGCAGAGCUGUACAUGCGCAGGAUUAAGAACAGUGUGGUGACCACCAGGGACAUUGCAGAGCCGGUGCGCCGGAGCAAGAGCUCUCUGUCACCAACUGAGGGAGUUAUGCAGAGGAGUAUCCCCCACGAGCCUGUCAGUUCUCAGGAGCUCACGCCCCGGCAGACACAACCCAUGGCUGCUGACAACACUAACUCCAGCUCUUGGUCACGGAGGACGAGGCCGGCGCCCGGUGACCUGGGUACCUACGAGAGGGAGAGAGUGAGGAGCUCCAGGCCUGACCUAGGGGCCAGCAGAGGAACGGGAACCACGGCUUCCAGACCAGAGCUGUGGUCCAGUAGGGGUCAGGCUGGCCAUGCGGAGAGGAUGACCGGGCGCGGCAAUCGACCAUGGAGCAACCGUCAGACCGACAACUAAACCGGCCAACCGUCUUAGUAGCUCCGCUUCAUAAUGUCCAGAGCUCUCCAUGCCCCCAAACUGCUUGGAGCCCCUCAACAAGGAGAAAUGUACUGUAUCAAGCAUAUCUAAAUCCCCGAGCAACAGCAGUCACAGCCAUACAGAAGAAUAACAACUCUCAAGUCCCUGUCCAGCACCUACCCAUGCUUCUCGGUGUGCAAAAACAAGAUGGCCGCCCUCUGAAACCUUCAACCACACCCUUCCAUUUGACACAACAUCAGUUGUAUUAUAAUAUGCCCAUAUACAGUAUCGCUCUGGUGUGGACCUCACCACCAGUGAAUGUAUCCUCUUCCGCAUCUUCUCCUACCAGAUGUAUUAUAAUGUAUUCCUCAGACUCGACAAGGGAGAGAUGAUCACUUGGGUGACUGGGCCUAGAGGUGUGUGUGCUUGUGUGUGUGUGGGGGGGGGGGGAGAAGAGGAGAGACACAGGAAGGAAGGAUUUGUUGUCUUUCGGAGUGGACCGUUACAAGACCUCACUUUGGAACUUCCCAGCGGAGCAGCACAAAGGAUGUACCCAUGUGACCAGAAACGGGGAGCGAAUUACUUGGAUUAAAAAUAAAUCUACUCUGAUCUUUGACUUAUUCAAACUUAAUUCGGUGAGCGCAUAGACCAUGCAUUUGCUUUAUACUGACAACUAGAGAACAACCAAUAUGGGUUUAAGGGCCUAUACUGAUACUGAUUUUUGGAGGUCAAGGAGGCCGAUGGACAAUAUUUUAUGCCGAUAAUGAAUAUAAUUACAUUUUAGCAUUUUGAUAAAUUCCCAGAGACAGCCAUAAAUCAAUUAUACAAUCAAUUGUACUUUAAAAAAAAUAAUCUACAUAACACAAUGGUAAUCAUUGUUUUGAAUGCUUAAUCUCUUGAUAAACUGGGUAAAUCAAGAUGGCAUUGGCUUGCCUACUCACAAUACAGGUCAAAUCAUACCCAAUACGACUGCAUGCAUUCAGCUUUUGAACUAAUUUGGGCUCAUUUCAAUGAUCUAUGGGUCUACAGAUGACAAUCUGUUUCCCUUCUAUUUGGGACCAUGUUAGCCUCAGGGUUGGGGAGUAAACUUGAUUACUUUUAAAUUCAGAAAUGAUGUUUGUGGGAAAAACAUACAUUGUGAUACCGUUCUGUUUUUUCAAUGACAUUCAAUGAAUCAUUGAAAAAAGGUGCAAGUGUUAAGUUUGUUCCACUUGAGGGAGUCUGACCAGAAGUAAGACACCACUAUGAUGACACACCAAAUGUGUUUGAUGGAUCCUUUUUGUCUUCUUCGCAUGCCUCUUAAGAGGAAAGUAAUCCAAAAGUAACUGAGAGUAAUCAUAUUGUUACUGAUUACAAUUUUGGACAGGUAACUGUAACACAUUCCAUUUAGAAAGUAGUCUACCAAACCCUGUUAGGCCUAGUGAUCGACAAAAUGUUAAUAGAAGUAGCCUAUUGUCUUCUUUUAUGAAGACGUGCGCUGUCUCUUUAAAGGUGCUACACAUAGGAUUUUUCUGAAUUGUUGCAUUGUAAUUAUAGAAAAUGUUCAUAAUAGAGAGGAAUGAUAGUGUUUCACAGUGUUACUUAUCCGCCAGUGUUGUGAUUGGCUGUGAUAUUCGCAUAGUGAUUUCUCCCGCCAGAGCUGCAUCUGUUGUCAAAAUGGGAAAGCUGUUUUGACUUUGUGGCUGUGUUAUCUAGUGGGAAAGGGGUCAAUCGGACAAUGUAGAAGUCGCUCCGUCAUUUACUGGUUGUUAAAAUUCUACACUGUUCGCUCAAUUUCAGUUUGUGAGAAAACAAACACUUAACAGUGUAGGGCAGUGGUCACCAACCUUUUCUGAGUCGAGAUCACCUUGAGUAAAAAAUGCAAGCCGAGAUCUACCGCUCUUUUUUUUUAACAUGACUUAAAAAAAACGUACGCCUAUGCAACAUUAACCAAUUAAAAACGGUUAUGUAGCAAUGAGGUUUGUGCAGUAGGCUAUAGGCCCAAUACAUUAUCGCUGCAUAUGGACUAUGCUUGAAUUGCCGUGCCAAUGUUGUUCUUCUCAUUUUGGAAUUAUGGGUAUAUGAUCACACUGGUAAUAGAUCCAUUUAAUUUUUUUUUUUACUGGACUGAUUGCCUGGAUCUAUUGGGCAGUCUGAGAAGGGAGCGAGCAGCGGUGAGGUUGACCCUCACCCGACUCACCGUCCCUUCGCUCUCCCUCCCUCUGCUGUGAAAAUGGGACACAGUCUUCCAUCUGAUGGCGAAACUCAAGUCGCACUGCAUUAUUUCUGCUUCAUGCAAUAUUCCAUGUUGCCAGAGAAAGUUAAAUAUUCCUUGAUAUUAAAAAAGACAAGCCACUAAUAAUAACAACGCAAGCUUUGCUGUACUCAUUUAUUGCAGCAGCAGUGCUGGUUGUAGCGUGAGUGGAAGUAGGGAGAAAGUGCAUUUUAUGGCUUAUAAAAGGUGUUGAACAGUGUGUUGACAGUGCUGAAUAGCAACUUAGACAUGAACUUACUCAUAAAAACAGAAACUCUUUGAUGUAUUUGUUGAGUCUCUCUAGUCCAUGGUUUUAAAUGUUUUUUGAAAUCUCACAGUAUCAACUUUGCUUCUUUUUACAGUCUAUUGCUCGGGGAAACAGUGCAGUGAUCUGAGCAGUGAUCUGAUUAGACAUAGGUAGGCCUAUAGGUGCACUUGAAUUGCUUUCUGGGCCUGCCGGGUAGGUCGGCGUUCCACUUUCAGACACAUGAAGUGGUUCAAAAUGGGAUUAAUUUGCCUUCCCAUCGCUAGGGCUGCUGAAUCAGGUAAACUUACCGUCAACAGUGAGAAACCAAUAAAAAAAUAAAAAUAGGAACGCAAGGCUUUAUCAUAGUUUUUUUACAGAAAUGUUUGGUGAUUGACUAGAAAUGCUUGGAGAUCAACCAGUCGCUCGCAAUCGACCGGUUGGUGACCACUGGUGUAGGGAAUCAUUGUACCAUCUAAAUCGCUGUGAAAUAUCUUUUCAAAAACAAAAAGCUGGUGGACGAAAACCAAAAGUUAAAGGUGUGAGAAGUAAAGUGUGAGCCUCCGCCUUGUUAUGGGGAAAUGGGAUGCUGGGGAGGGGGAGAUUUGUUUUGAAUGCGGCCGAGUGCUGUUACAAUUCACCUAGCUUCCAACUUGGGAGAAAUUUGAGGUGUAGCACCUUUUUUAAGAGAAAAUACACCACUCAGGACUCAUGUAGCCAGGCAAUUCGAGAGAAGAAACCACUGGCCACUCAUGUAGUCAUUUAGCAGUGAAUUAUUAACCCAAUUUUUGUUGACAAUCAGCUUUGAAAUGAGCAUGUUUUGCUUUAUGGUAGCUACCACAAAAAGUUCUAGGGUAGUGAACUGACGUUAGCAAAGUUGUCUUUAUGAACACUAGCUAUUGGUAUGUUGUUUUGUAAAGUGCUGCAGUCUGUAUGGACAUUGUUUUGCCAAACAGUAAAUUAACACUAAACAUUUCUACAUUCCAUGUGGCACUAUUCAAGUGUGCUAAAUUUAUAUGCAGCAUGAGUGGGUAGCUAGCAAGCAUCCCAGAGGUUCCUUGAGGACAGGCUAACUAGCAAUGGGUGGUGCCGGCUUGCAGGAGUUUCACACGAGAGGCGCUGAGGCUUUAAAAGGGAAACCGGCUGCGCCGAUAGAAUAGGAAAGGCUAAUAUCGGCACAAAAUAUUGUCCCGACCAACUAUUUGUCGUUCUUUACCGACAACCAUAGCAUUUUUGCAGGGUUUUAUUUUGCACAUUGCGCACACACACACACAUGCACCUAAAGCUAUUUUUAAACCCACAAAACAUGACUAUCGUCCCAGAGAAUGCAUAAUGUCGGCCUGAAAGGGGUUUGAAUGUAGGGCUUUGCAUGUUUCUACGUACUGUAUAAGAGGAGCGUUUUGAAGUUGUGUGCCUCCUGCAUGCCCUCUGCUUUAAGAACAACAAAGAUAAGGACCCUGUCAUAGAUGCACAUUCUUAUUUACUUAUAGGCUGCAUACAACAUAUCGUCUUCAACACCAGAACCUAAGCAUUACGGAAGUUGGUAGCCAAGGACUUUGAUCAAACCUUCAGAUUGUGCUUCAUUUUGUUUCUCAGUCAUUCACUCCCUGUUGCUCACCAUCACCCCCCCCCCCCCCCCUCCCAACUGGAAUUGUGGAAUAGAGCGGAUUGUCUGUUUGGACAAAUGGCAAAAAAGAAGGUCCACCCCUUUUUUGUCUGCACUCAAUGAAUAAUUGAAUGCAUGUAUUUUAGCUUGGGGAGGGGGCAUAUACUGAAUAUUAGUCAUCUGGAAGAGGACUACUAUUCCUAGGGUGCUUUGCUUCAGCACACCUCCCUCCCUGGACUGGACACAGAAUGGAGGCUCCGACUGGAACUGCUGACCUGGAUCUAGCUGUAAACUCUGCAGCGCUGCUGUGAACAGCCAAUCCAGCACAGGAAGCAAGGCAUUGGGCUCGUGUUGUCCAAUAUCCACAAGGAACAAUCAGUCCAAAUGUACGCGACUGGGUUCGCAGUGCGAAUCGUCUCAACUCAACUUUUUUUUCUUUUCUAUAGAAAUGUAUUUUGUUUUAAUAUUAAAACUGGACUUUUUGUUGUUGGAUAAGGGAAGGUUUGGUGUCACUCUGGCCAUAAACCUAGAAAUCAUGGGGGUGCCAUAGAAACACCACCAGCCUAGUUUUGAGGUCUGAUAUACUCUUACAUAUACACACUGCAAUAUUCAUAAAGGCAAUACUCUGUGAACUCUAAACUCCUAACUACAAACUCUGGUAGGAGGGGUACCAUAUCGCUUCAGGAAUGGCAGCUGAACCUGAGAAUGACCUUUGCUUGUUGGCUUGGCUGUCAUUGUAAAGCAAAAGAGCUAAUUAACCUCCCCCCUCAGAUCCUAUUGGAGAGUCAGUGUAUUAUUACGCCAUGCGAUGACUAGGACGUUGGAUCCAGAAUGGGGUAAUACAGGUGUUAAUACGGUUCAUAUCGUUCUACGGCCAGCUUGUUCACUAGUUCUCUUAGAGGUCUCGCCAGUCAGAUAUCAAGUUUCCUAUGCGAGAUUGACCAGAGAGGUAGGAGUUUCCCCAUGAUACCGGUCAGUUGUUGUAGUUUAGCUUUACCUGUAUAGUACCAGCCAACCAGCAUUUUCACUGUAGCUUUCAUAUUUAUUAAUUAUUUACUACAAAAUGCAUAUACCUAUUUUUCAUUGUGAACUUUGCAGUUUGGUGAUGGGGACCUAUCAUUUACAGGCCUUUUUAGAUUUCAUAGCGUAUUGAGAAUGGGAAAUGGAAGAAGUCAUCACACAGAAUACAAAAAUAAUGACCCCCGACCCUGAAAUCACCACCUUGUAUUCCUCUAACCCUGUGGAAAUUGGAGGUGCAAUUACCCUCCUGCUAUCUAGCAAUUUACGUGUUUACCUUUUUAAAUAAUUAUUCCUCCUUACUGUCAAUGCUGUGUGUGUGAUAAUCCUGGUCUAGAAUUAUGAGAGGAAGUUUUAGUCAAGGUUUGUCUACUGGUUAUUGUGUGGACAAGUAUAAGGAAUGCUCAUUGAGAGAAUAUUUUAUAGAAGAACAUUUUCCAGAAUAUACCAAGAACUUCCAAUCUUUUGAAUUGAAAAGUUUUGUUUUGGGACCCAUAAACAUAUGUUCGCUGCCCAAAAUGUUCUGCCCUUUCGAUUCGCCUGUUAGAAGGGCUCCGGUUCAGCUCAGCUCAGCAUCAUAAAGCAUUAGUGUUGCCAUGUGGUCCCUUACACAGCUACUGGCCCGUCUGCGAACAUGUGUUUAGUGCAAACGCACACCGCUUGAUGCUGUUCAGAAGCCCUGGGCUGAUGUGCCAAGGGCUACGUGACGACUUGGCCCCGCGACCAGUCCUCCUCGGUUACCAGCAUGACAACCGCCAGCCGGCCACUCGUUCCAAAUCUGUGUUUCCGACCUUGUCACUUCUGUCCUGCACAGUGGUUCUGAGAAGGGAAGAGUACAGUGGUUCCAGUUUCCCCCCUUUUUCUCCUCCUUCCCCUACCUCAAGAAUGCCUUGAUUCUUAACGCCCGUGAUAAGCAAUGCUAGUUCUGAGAGCCGUUUUACAGGCUGCCAAAGCUUGCCAGCAGACACUGAUAUACAGCUCCCGGGUAACCGAAAGGUCGAAGGUCAAGGCUGGAGCUAAUCGCGUCUUUCCCUUUGACUUUGGAGGGUUAUAAAUACUGGGGGGGAAAUCGAGACGAUUUGGCAGCGUCCAGCACUAGCCCCGAAACCGAGGCAGUCGAUGGGUGUCCAGUCAAAACUGGGCCGCUCUGAUGUGCCAAAAUCCACAUGCUAGUGGUUGUUGUCCAUCAUAGCCAAGGGAUUUAUGUAUAAUGCUCAUAUUCAAGUGUCUGUGCAGACUCUCGAUGCGAAUCACUCACUGGGGAUAUUUUGAUAGUAGGUAAAUUGAGCUUGAGCUCCUUUUUAAGAAGGUACGGAUUUCGGAGCUCCGUGUCAAAGUUGAGCCCAGAACACGUGCACUUCAACGGUCAUAGACGUACGUCGCCAUGGCUCGGGUAUCAUCAUAUCAUUAAUCCUAUGAUGUUAGGCCAGCACCCCUUCCCCCGCCAUACAGUCUCCCCUGCCCCCCUACACGGGGGGGGGGGGUCCCAGGAUGACAGCAGCUGUCGGAAACCAUAGGUUUAAUGUGCUCUCCAAGGGUCGUCCCGGAGAUGGGCUUCAAAGAAAGAAGUCUGAACCCCCCCCCCCCCCCCCCCAGCAGAAAUGCACGUCCACUUCUCCCCUACAUGGCCCGUGUGUACAUGAACACUUCACUGUAACGUUACCAUAACUUUGGUGGUCCGAUUAGGUAUGAUAGGAGAAAGACUAGGUUUAGACAGGAAGAACCUCCCACCAUUUUGAGAUGAGAACAGAACGGUUAACUCUCCUCAUUCUGUAUCUUCUGGUGUAUAAACAUCUGUUAUUUACACGUCAUUGUUUUUUCCUCUCUUACAAAGUAGCGGAGAAUGUACUUAACGGAGGGAGGCUAAGAGACCGGAAAUGGCUCUUUGGAAUGAGUUGGCAUUGGUCCUCAAAGGCCUCCUUUGUAAUUGGAGGGUUCAUGGUGUCAAUGGACUUCAGGAACGGUAAUCUGCACUUAACCAGCACUUAACUUAAGACCCUACAUAAGUAAGCCCCCUUUUGUCAAAAGUCACUUUUGCGUGUGUCCCUGACAAUUUUAUUCCACUCUUUGUGAUUAUUUUUCUUUGCUGAAUGUAUGGUCAUCAAAGGGUGUGUGUGUGUGUGUGUGUGUGUGUGUGUGUGUGUGUGUGUGUGUGUGUGUGUGUGUGUGUGUGUGUGUGUGUGUGUGUGCGUGCGCAUGUUUUUUUUGCACCGGCCAAAUUGAAAUUGAUUGAAAGCAACAACUCGUCCGAUAGCGUGAGGAGUUGUAGACUGUUAUUGUACAAAUUAUUAUGGAGUCCUUCAUUUAAAAAACAACAACAAUUGUGAUGAUUUCGUGAGGCAUGGCACUCGAUCACAUCCGUGUCUUUGCCUUCUAACAUUGUGCCAAAAUCAUUCCACAGUGUUUCCAUUUUACAGUCCGUGAGACAGCGCCAGUGUUUUCCAAGAUGGAUACCCUGUCUCUUUGACUAUUUGUGCUGAAAUAAGGGGAAAUAUUCAAUUUUAGGGUUUUUCUUUUGUUUUCCGCCCAUGUAUUUUUGUGUCAGUUUUGUAAAACAAAAGAUGUCUUAUUUUGGAAGCUGUAUCAGAUUUUAUUUAAGAAAAUCUUGUAAUUUUGUAAAGUGGGCCUUAUUGAAAUAUAUUUAGUAUUUGUCCUCUUUGAUUGUAAGGAUUUCAUUUUUGCUAGAUACUGUAUGCAUCUUUCUCAUUAAUGCAUUCCUGGAGAGUACUUUCCCCUUUUUGUUUUAGUGCGAGAGAUGUCUCAUGACCUUGAGCUAUGAGAUGGCAAGAGGAGAGAGACAUGUCAGAAGCCAGCCUUGUGUCAUAGUCAUUGAAGAAUGAGAGUAAUGUACAUUUUAUCAGGAGUGGGUCUGCUAGGAGUCAACAGUCUUAAGUCAUUUGCCAUGUGGCGUCCUGUUUUAUUAGCGGUUCAGGAAUCAGUCAGUCGGUCCAGGUUUUUUGCUACUCUGUCCCCCCCCCCCCCCCAUAAAUUCAGGGUUUGUUCAUCUUGUGUGCUGUUUGCAAAUGCUGCCAAAGAGAAAUAUGUUUAGGCCUCAAGACACACACACACAUACUUGUGAAGAACUGGAGAUUCUCCAACACACACCCACUCCCACACAGGGGAAUUUGGCCUGUACAAUCAACUAGGGGGGGUUGGAAGUCAUGUUUUUAUAUUGCAGUGUGUUUAUAGAUGGUUAGAAAUGCUUCUGAAAUGGGGGGGGGGGGGGGGACUGAACGUUGUAACGAAGAGAGAAAUGUACGUUAUGAAAUCAGAUCAAAAAGGUUAUUCUGGGCGUCGCUGCGCCAAGCUUUUCUGUGCCGGUAAUACACAGCAAAACGGUGCGGGAUGCUUUUCUGUGCCGGUAAUACACAGCAAAACGGUGCGGGAUGCUUUUCUGUGCCGGUAAUACACAGCAAAACGGUGCGGGAUGCUUUUCUGUCCUCGAGUAAUAAUACAUUUGUGCAUGUUUAACCUUCCCACACUCCUGCAUGUAGGUCUCUCAAAGCUGCCAACUGUACAGCGGACUAUGUAUUCCAAUCAAAUAAAAAAAGCUACUUGUUUGUAACCUUG